UCGAGUCGCUCGCGUUCCGCAUCCACUCGGCAUGCCUUUCCGUUUCGUAACCGUCGCCUCCGCACCAGAGACCAGUUCCGCUCGUCGCCACCACGGCAAUCAAGCGCUCUAGUCGCCCGGCCGCGCGAUCUGCUGUGACCGUUGCGAAGUGCGCACAUAUAUAUUUUAUUCGCGAAGGCGCGUUAAGUGGAACCAAACAGACCAUUUGUCAGUGAAGAUUACAAAGAUUGAACACCUGAAAUUGUGAAAAGUGCAGUGGUUCUGAAGAAGUUAAAAAUUUCCAUUUUUUUUUGUGGAAAAUAUUGCCCAUAAAAGUCAUAAAAUCAUUUAAAUAUAAUUGAUUGGUUAAAAACAUACAUUGAAAAAGGCCGUCUGAUAGUUUUUAAAUAAUUUAAAAAAAUCCUUUAAUCACUUCUCUCUGAGUGUUGAGUUUGAAUUGAUUUCAUUCGAGGUAAAAAAAUUGACAUUGCGAAAUAUUGACGAAUAUGAGUUGCCUUAAAAACGAAAAUAAAAAAGUUGUAUAUUUGUGAGGCAACCUGUGUCACUAAUACAUCUUGAAGCCUCUUCCGUACAGCCUAUCAAUUGAAGCGGUGUCCUCCAGGUGAUGAAACUCUUGACCGGCGGAGCGGCCUGCGACUCGUGAAACACUGAGGCAGGCGGAGUGCGUGCGCGAGUCGAGAUGACGGUGAGCUACCAGUACGAAGUGGCGUCCUCCACGAGCGGCGGCUUCACGCGGCUGCUGUUCAUGUGGAAGGGCAGCCUCUACAAGCUCAUCUACCGCGAGCUGCUGCUGUUCGUGGCCUCGUUCGGCCUGCUCAGCGCGCUGUACCGGCUCGCCUUCACGGAGCCCCAGAAACGAUUGUUCGAGAAGGCGGUGAUGUACUGUGAUACCUUUAUCAAUCUCAUUCCACUGUCGUUUGUGCUGGGAUUCUACGUUUCCUAUGUUGCUUCGCGUUGGUGGCAGCAGUACAUGGCUAUCCCUUGGCCUGACAAGAUUAUGCAUUCCAUUGCCCUUUAUGUAAAUGGAAAUGACGAUCAUGGCAGAAUGGUACGUCGUACAUUAGUGAGAUACCUGAAUCUCAGUCUGAUACUGGUAUUGCGAUCAAUAAGCUCUGCUGUGAAAAGACGAUUUCCAACACUGGAUCAUCUUGUAGAAUCAGGAUUUAUGACUACUGUUGAAUUAGAAAUAUAUCAGUCAGUUCCAAGUGUGGAAUUCAACACUUACUGGAUUCCAUGUACUUGGUUUAUAUCAUUGUUGAAAGAAACGAGACGGGAAUCCCGCAUCACAGAUCCACAAGGAAUGAAGUUAAUUAUGGAGGUGGUCACAAUUGCUACAUACUCAUUUUUUCUGGCAGCCCUAGUUGGGCGGCAGUACGUGGAUGACUCCAAAAAGCCUAUGCAAAUGGAAAUUGAUAUUUACAUCCCGGUUUUUACGAUACUGCAAUUUUUCUUUUUCAUGGGUCUGUUGAAGGUUGCUGAACAGCUCAUUAAUCCGUUUGGUGAUGACGACGAGGAUUUUGAACUAAACUGGAUAAUAGACAGACACACAAAGGUCUCGUAUCUUGGCGUUGAUAUAUUGAUGAGACGCUGUCCACCACUUACAAAAGACUUGUAUUUUGACGAAGUCAACUUGACUUUGCCAUACACAGAGGCAGCUGUUGCCUACAAGAAAAAGACUUAUCGUGGCUCUGUGCAUAACAUGCUUGUUCCAGAAGAGAAACACACAAUGUUUCUACCAGAAAUUUUAGAAGAGGAUGAAGAAGAGACUCCAGUUCCAAAGAUGCCUGGCACAAAAACACCAUCCGCUGCAGGUAUCUGGCGGUCGAGGCCGCCGUCUUCGCGCAGCCUCCUUAAGUACGGCGAUUCUGCAUCUGUUGGCCAGACUGGCGACGAAACUGUUCGAGAGGAUGUCAUCAUUGAUCCCGAAAGGAGGACGUCGCUCGUGAAUCGGUCACAUUGGAGUAUUGGGUCUGCUCAAGGAAGCAUAAAGCUGAAACACGUGGAUUCUAACGCCUCGAACACAAUGCACUGGCCUAGCAGUUCUACGCUUGCGCGUUCAGAUACAAGCUUGAAGAUUUCACAGCAGUCAUUAGAAGAUCGUAGUUCUUACACCAAUAUUAAUAGUUUCGUUGAUUUUAAUAGGCAUAAAAUUGGACUAAUUCCCAGUGUUGUGCUCAGAAGUACACAUGGACUUGACAAGUUUCCCGUGAGUCAGAUCAAGCCAAAAAUUGAGCAUGCUUUCAACAUCAGAGCUCUGCCUAAACUAGCACCGAUUAAAAAACACUGUAUUACCGAAGGUAAAAAGAGAGGAGUCCGAUGGAAACCUUUAGUUGCAAACCUUCCAAGUGCUGUUCCGAUAAUGGACUCUGGUGAUCAUAACACAGAGGCAAUUUAUGAAUGUUUAGAUGACUUACCAGAAGACAGAGAAUUCGCUCUAAGGCAUAAAGAGUCAAUUGCAUCAGGAAAAACAUCGAUUUCUACAAAAAGUGAACGUUGUAAUUCCUCAGAUUCGUCUGAGAAAGGUGCAGGGCAAAGUGUGCUGGAGUCGAAGUAUGUGCAGUUUAAAAAAAGAGAAGGAACAUGCAGUUUUCCAUUAUUACACGGUACUAAAGAAUCAUUUGCUGAAAGAACAUGUUUAUCUCAAGGUGAACGCAAAAGACAUUUUCCUGUAUCAGUGAGGCCAUUAGGUGUGGAGUCCGUAAGACAAAAACUAGCGGUCCCAAAAAUGUGUCAAAGCCUGCCUUCUGUUUUAAAUCCUCAUAAUGAAGGUGUGGCAUUUACCAAUUUCCGGCAAAUGAUAGAUCAUGGAACUGAAAUAAACACUGAGCGCAGGCAAAGCAUCCCCAUAUCAAGUACAAGUAUAGAACGCACACCAACAAUUCCGCAAAAUGAGGUUACAAUUUCAAGUAGUGUCACUCAAGUAAAUACUUCACGCAGAGCUGAAGCUUCAAACAUAAAUAAUGAUGACGCGUCUUGGCAUUCCGCUGACUGGACAACCCUGUUGGAUGGAGAUGUAUUUCCAGAAGUUAUACCUAAUUUAAACACGGAUUUUUAUAUUCAUGCGCGCCCUAGUUUCAACAAUGAAAAUUCCCAUUCUUGAUGAAGAUCACACACAAAUUUCGUUUCAUUCCGUAGCUGAAAUAAGAUUACGUACCUACGUAAUUUAUUACUGUCUCAAUGUUAUAAUUAUAAAUGAUAACUUUGUUUUAAUACAUUUAAACAUAAAAAAUACUGCUGUGACAAAUUCCAUUUUACGAGAGGUUCUUAUCUCAACGAUUUUCUUUUCAUUAAUCUGUUUAUUUCAAUAUUAUUAGUAACAGGUAUUUGAUAAUUUAAAUUUCUUUGUAUAGGUACUUCCUCAAAUAAUCAUAUAACUUAAGUAUCAAAAACAACGUCACUUUACGUUAUAUGCAACAUAAUACGUAAUUUUGAUAUCUUUAUUUUGACUAAAUAUGAUAAAGUGUGUGUUUACAAUUCUCGGUUUUUUUUUGGACAAAUGUGUUCUAAGCUGUAAGUAUAGUAGACUAUGUUUAUAUCUUCGUUGAUUUUCCCCAUUUCUCUUCUUUAUGUUUUCUCUAAACAAUAUCUAAUAAAUAGAUUAUUUUUAUUCAAAGAUUAAAAAUCCUAUAUUUUCUCUUGGUAUUUUAAAAUCAAUGAUUUAACGCAACAGUUGAACAACUGUGGCCAAAAAACUGUUCUUAGACAUAAAAAUUAAUAUUUUUUACUUAGAAUCAUUUGUUCACUCAGUGGAAAAAUCUUAUUUGCGUUUAUGUCUUAUUUAUAUAAAAUAAAGAUAAAACAAUAACCUAUAUAGUAAUGCUCGUAACAGUUGGGGCCACAGAAAGCAAUAUUUUAUGAAUAUCAGUAUCAAUUAUCUGUAUAUGCACACAAUCGCACAGUAGCAAAAUGAAAUUUAGAGAACAAAUGUAUAGAACUUAUUUUCAAUAAAACUCUUAUUUCAUU